AUGUCUUCUUCCCGACUGACAUCAAGAUCAGCUUCUCCUCCUACUGGCCUUUCAGCAUCGAAUCGACGCACCUUGAGUCCGGGAUCGGGACAUCGUAGAACUUCGAGAGCAUGUUUACAAUGUCGUAAGCGUAAACAAAGAUGCGAUGGUGCUUCUGUACCUUGUGAAAGGUGUCAGAGAGUCGGGAAGGAAUGUUCUUUCCUACUUGAUGGCAUCAUAGAAGGCGAGAAAGAAAACGAUGGGGUGGAAGUUAAAUGGGGUUCUGGGCAGGCAAAGGUACUUCAGGGCAUGAAAGAUGAUAUGGAUAUAUUGAGGAAAGAUGAGAGUAUAGGCCUGAUAAGACAUUUCAGAAUGGAGAAUGCACAAAGAAGGAUUCAACAUCUUGAAAGAGGGCUGUCAGCAAGACAAGAUAAUUUGGCUAGGGCUGGAUCUCCCGUUGCUCAAAUUAUGCAAUACGACGUUCCAGAAACUCAAGUACCGCCCGCCAAUCCCCCAGCUCUGUCUCCGGCAGCUUUGAUCAAUGGCAGAUUCUCUCACGCUCCCAUUCAGACAUUACAUGGACUGCUUCCUUCGCCCUCUUCGCUUGUGCCCCCAUCCACUCUACCACAACACGGUACAAACGGUGUCAAUAACCUAGAUACACAAGCUAGACGAAGAAGUCCAGCUCUAGAUCCUGUUUCAAGGGGUGUAUUGAGCGCACAGGAAGCUCAAAGGUUAUUCGAUAUCUUCUUCGCGGCAUGUCACGAGCUUGCACCUUGUUCAUCAUCAAAAUCGCAAUCCAACGCGUCUGACCUUCGGCAACGUAGUCCGUUUUUAUUCACCUCGAUAUGUUUGAUCGGAGCUAGAUAUUGGGAAAUGGAUGAUCCAGUCAGCUCAACUCGUAAUUGGUUACAUCCUCGAUAUUCAGAUUUAGUCUCAAUAUCAGAUGAACACAUCCGUAAUUUACUUCUGAAACCUUCUUCAUCGGAUUUUAACCUUUCCACAAUACAAGCACUCCUCUUAUCAAUCCAAUGGCCAGCUUUGGACAUCGAAUCACAUACCGAUGGAAACGGCUACAUGGGAGAUUCACCGGUCAAAAGUAGAUUCAACGACGCUUACGCUUGGUUGAUGAUUGGCAUAGCUAUUAGAUUUGCCAAAUAUAUAGGAUUAAAUGAUUGUACGGAAAUUAACUAUUCGGACCAGAAUGUGGAUGAAGACUCUUUGGCCAAGAUGAGAAUUUGGUUAAACUUGAUCUCCAUUGAUAGACAUUUAACGCUCACAGCAGGCUUACCAGCAAGUCUCGAAGCUCCACCAAGUCAUAUUGUUCGGGCAUUUGGUAGUCACCCCAAAGCGCAGUCUGGUGAUCUCAAACUGGCUGGUUUAUCCGAAUUAGUCUCUAUAGUCCAUCGAGCAGCUCAAGCUUGUGGUGAUGUAUCAUUAAGGAGAUUAGACGCAAUAAGCUUGAAAGUAGCCAAUUUGGAGCUCGACGAAUGGGAGAAACAGUGGUCAUUGAUUUUAGGGAUCAACAAUGCCCCUACGUUUCGACAACAAAUGCCAUUCACCGCUCUGAGAUGGUAUAGACUAGCCUUAAAUGCCAUCCCCAUAGGAGUAGCUCUAGGAGAAGUAUCUGGCAAUCUCAUGACUCCGACACCCACAGCACUAGGUACUUGUGUAGAAGCUGCGUUCCAACUUAUCUGGCAGUAUUCUUCUGAGGCUACUUCUGAAAGACCAGAAAGAGGAGUUCCAUCAAGUUCAGCUGGGUACACCAUGAACUUUAUGGCACUGUCUUCAUUCAUGUUUGCUGUUGAUUCAUACUGGAUUACUCAUGCUUAUGCAGCGGUGUUUUUGGUUCUGGUGUAUGAUAGAGGAUGUAUCGAUGCUGAACUAAAUCCAUAUCCGUAUAUAAGCUCUGAAUCACCUCCACCAGUGCUUGAGUCAUCCAGAUUGUAUCGUAUAAUCAGAUUCGCAUCUACGAUCUUCGAUGGAAUAUGCCAAGGAGCGACUCAUCAUCCAGCAAUACAAUAUCGAUCUAUCGUAGCUAAUGCUUUACACACUCUGAGUCAAUAUAAAGCUCAAGAAAUCGACAUAAACGCUGUUGGAGCAGGUAUAGAUGAGAUGUUAAAUGCGCUUCUGGAUCCAGGUCAAGAUUGGGCGUUUUUACGGGAUUCAGGUUAUACCAUAUAA